GUGGCUAUUUGUCGUUCCUGUGUAGCAUCAGAAAGUCAGAAUUAAGACGAAUUCUAUGAAGUGAAUAUUUAACUUCAAACAUUCUCUAUUGAUUCACAUUUUUGUUUAAUUGUGAUUUAGUUAAAAAUGCCGAGGCGUAUAAGAAAACAACCUCCUGAUGGUUGGGAACUAAUUGAACCUACUAUUGAUGAGCUCGAGAAAAAAAUGAGGGAAGCUGAAACUGAAACACAUGAGGGAAAAAGGAAAGUAGAAUCACUAUGGCCUAUUUUUAAAAUUCAUAAUCAAAAGUCAAGAUAUAUAUAUGAUUUAUUUUAUCGUCGAAAAGCUAUAACAAGAGAGUUAUAUGAUUUUUGUAUUAAUGAAAAAAUUGCUGAUCCAAAUUUAAUUGCAAAAUGGAAGAAACAGGGUUAUGAAAAUUUGUGUUGUUUGAGAUGUAUACAAACUAGAGACACUAAUUUUGGUACCAGCUGUAUAUGCAGGGUACCAAAAUCAAAGUUAGAAGAGGGAAGAAUUGUUGAAUGUGUACACUGUGGAUGCAGAGGUUGUUCUGGUUAAUCCUCAAUAUUAAAAUUGUAAAUAACAAUAUAUGUCCUUAAUUAAUUUUAUUUUAAUUUAAAUAAAUAAUGUAAUAUCAAAAAAAAAAAAAAAAAAAAAAAAUUUUUAAU